AUGUCUGAGGGAUCAUUCAAAACUCCAGCAUUGCCUCCUGGAGGCUUACAGUCUUGUUCAGUAUCAGCAGACCCUUCAUCUUCGCCUCCCAAGGUGUCAAAUCAAAAUGAAGAAGCGAAAGCAAAAGCAGUACCAGUUCCUCCAUUGAGUUAUACACCACCUCCAUGGGCCUGUGAGCCUCCGGAAUCGUCAGGCUACAGACUUGAGGUUUUAAAGAAUGGAAGUAUCGUUGAUUGUAUAAACUUGGAUAUAAGACAGAAUCAAACUUUCAUUACGAUUGGAAGGUUACCUUGUUGUGAUGUAGUACUAGAUCAUCCCUCAAUAUCUCGUUACCAUUGUAUCUUGCAAUAUGGAGAAGACAUAAUGGAUAAGUCAGGCAAAGGAUGGCAUGUCUAUGACUUGGGUAGUACACAUGGUACAAAAACCAACAAGAGGAGAGUGCCGGAGAAACAGUUCAUGCGAUGCUUUGUUGGAUUUGUCUUUCAGUUUGGAGGCAGCUCACGUCUUCUGAAUUUAAUUGGACCGUGCGAGGAUCAGGAGGCUGAAUGGGAGUACUCCCCUACAGAAAUGCGAGAGAAAAUGAAGAGAAAGGCACUAGAAGCCAAACUGGCCACAGCUGCUAGAAAAGAGUUUGAAGAAGAUCAGAAAAAUGAUGAUCGCGAUGAAGGAAUCAAUUGGGGUAUGGAUUACGGUGAAGAUGAUGCAUCAGCGUACGUGCUUGAUGGACACUUGGAAGAAGACGGAGAAGCGUAUUACGUGAAUGAUCCUAAGCGGGCUCUGUCCAAGUUUUUCGACCGUGAGGGUUUUGAAAUGAAGUUCGAGUACAGUGAAAGUGGUGCAGGCCACACUCAUAAAUGGACAUGUUCUAUCGAAUUGCCUAUUGAAAUCGCGGGGGUAGAUAGAGCGUGUGUUGCACAGAUAACUACGAACACGAAUAAGAAAGACGCGGCUGAGCAAUGCGCUUUGGAGGCUUGUAAAAUCUUGGAUAAACAUGGAGUGUUAAGAGGAACUAAUGCCAAAGCACGUAUGAAGAAGAAAACUUUAGCUGAUAACGAUUAUUAUGAUGACGAUGAUGAUCUUUACUUGGACAGAACAGGUCAGCUAGAGCAGCAAAGAGAAAAGAGAAAAAUGUGGGCUGAGAGAGAUGCGGGAAUAGCAGCUCCUCCAAAGAAAGACACUUUUGAGAGCUUAAGUAAGAACUUGGAAGAUGCUCGAGCUGCAAAGGAGGAUGUUCAAAAGCAGUUGGAUAGUCUCGGUCAUACAAUUUCUAACAAAGGUCUUGAGAGCUCGGACAGUCUUGACGAUUACUGUCGGCAGUUAUCAGCAGCAGGAGGAAUCAAGGAUGAUUUGAAUACAAAAACUCAAAAAUCGAUUCUUAGACAGAAACUCGUAAAACUAACACAAGAAUGCCAAACACUUGAGAAGUUAGUAAGAAUCGCCAAGCCUGUGGAACUGCCUGCUUUGAAAACGGCGAGUGGUGCUGUAGUAGAUUCAAAUAAACAAGCUUUCUGGAGGAAAAUGAUGAUGGUCGGAAGAGUCAAAAAAGAUGCUCCUGCCGUGGCUGAAACUCCAGUCGUCAAAGCCACCAUUAAAAACAAGAAGAGCGAUGUCUUCAAGCCUGAAGUGGAAGAGCCAGAAGAAGGCGGUUCGAAGUCUAACUCUACAGUACUACUACCCACUGAAGCAUCAACUUCUAAAGAAGUGAAGGUGAAUGAAUCAACCAAGGAUGUUGUAGAACCAAGCUCUAAGUUGUCGAGUGAUAAUGCUGCGGAGUCUAUUUCAAAAGCUAUAACUGAGACAUCUGCUGAGCCGUGUGAAAGUCACGACAGCACAUCAGAAAACAUAGCAUCAGUUCCCAUCUCUGUUGAGGAUGAUAACUCUGCGGGUUCUGAGAAUAAAAGAAGAGCUGAUGAUGACAUGAAUGAAGAUGAAACAACGUCGAAGAAAAGAAAAAUACGAAACAGGCCUAAUAGGCAAAAGAAUCAAGAAUACGGUGUCGGAUGUGAUGUAAAGGAUGAACUAUAUGCCACAUGGUUGCCUCCCACUGAUCAGAGUGGAGAUGGUAGAACGAAGCUCCAUGACCAAUUCGGUGGAAAGUAUUGA